AUGUACGGACGGGAUCCGUGGGGAGGGCCGCUGGAGAUAGCGGCGGACUCUGCCACCGACGACGAUCGGAGUAGGAACCUGCAGGACUACGACAGGGCGGCGCUGUCUCGGCCGCUGGACGAGACGCAGCAGAGCUGGCUGCUGGGGCCAGGGGAGACGAAGAAGAAGAAGUACGUGGAUCUGGGCUGCAUUAUCGUCAGCAGGAAGAUCUUCGUGUGGACCGUGGGGACUAUUCUGGCGGCUGGCCUAUUGGCUGGAUUCAUCACCCUGAUCGUAAAGACGGUGCCGCGCCACCACCACCGCCCGCCGCCACCGGAUAACUACACGCAGGCGCUGAACAAGGCGCUCAUGUUCUUCAAUGCUCAGCGCUCUGGAAGACUUCCAAAGCACAAUAAUGUCUCAUGGAGAGGAAAUUCGUGUUUAAAUGAUGGGAAGUCCGAUUCUUCAACUCUAUUUAAAGAUCUUACUGGUGGCUAUUAUGAUGCUGGGGAUGCAAUCAAGUUCAAUUUCCCUCAGUCUUUUGCAAUGACCAUGUUGAGUUGGAGUGUGAUUGAGUACAGCGCAAAAUAUGAAGCAGCUGGGGAGCUUAACCAUGUGAAGGAGGUUAUCAAGUGGGGAACAGAUUACUUCCUCAAGACUUUUAACCAUACUGCUGAUACAAUAGAUCGAGUUGUGGCACAGGUAAACAAUUUAUUUUAUAAGGAAUUCGGGAUUGCUUAUAGGAGGCAUUCAAAUGUAUUAUAUGCUUAUAAUGUUCUAUCAUUCUCCGCAUUUGCGUUGUUACAAAUAUCCUUUGGCUCGGUCAAUCAUAUUUCAUAUUUCCUCUGA